AUGUCCAACGGAAAGACCUUCACGCUUAGCAAUGGGGUGAAAAUCCCCGCCGUCGGCUUCGGGACCUUCGCCAGUGAGGGUGCCAAGGGCGAGACCUACGCCGCGGUCACCUGUGCCCUCCGCACGGGCUAUCGGCACCUGGACUGUGCCUGGUUCUACCUCAACGAGGAUGAGGUCGGCGAGGGCAUCCGUGACUUCCUCAAGGAGAACCCCUCCGUCAAGCGGGAGGAUAUCUUCGUGACCACCAAGGUGUGGAACCACCUGCACCGGUACGAGGAUGUGCUGUGGUCGGUGGAGGACUCGCUCAAGCGCCUGAAGCUUGACUAUGUCGACCUGUUCCUGAUCCACUGGCCCAUUGCCGCCGAGAAGGACGGCAACGAGAAGCCGAAGAUCGGACCGGACGGCAAGUAUGUGAUCCUCAAAGACCUGACCGAAAACCCCGAGCCCACCUGGCGCGCCAUGGAGAAGCUGUACGCGGAUGGCAAGGCCAAGGCCAUCGGCGUGUCCAACUGGACCAUCCCGCAGCUGGAGCAGAUGCUCUCGUUCGCCAAGGUUGCGCCGCAGGUCAACCAGAUUGAGAUCCACCCGUUUCUACCGAACAAGGAACUGGUGCAAUACUGCUUCUCCAAGAACAUCAUGCCCGAGGCCUACUCGCCGCUGGGCUCGCAGAACCAGGUGCCGACGACCGGCGAGCGCGUCAGCGAGAACAAGACCCUGAACGACAUUGCUCAGAAGGGCGGUAACACCCUGGCCCAGGUGCUGAUUGCCUGGGGUCUACGUCGCGGCUACGUCGUGCUCCCCAAGAGCUCCAACCCCAAGCGCAUCGAGUCCAACUUCCAGAGCAUCACGCUCAGCGAUGCCGACUUCGAGGCCGUCAACCAAGUCGCUGAUGACCGCCACUUCCGCUUCGUCAACAUGAAGGACACUUUCGGCUACGAUGUGUGGCCCGAGGAGACGGCCAAGAACCUGUCUGCAUAG